UCCCGGUUUGCCCAGUUGGUUCAUCUUCCGGGCCUCUCCUGUUUUCCGUUUCUGUUCUUGUUUACCUUCUUCUCGCACAAUACCAAACAUAGAGACCCGGUGUCGCCGCCGCUCUACCGCAGCGCCCGGGACCGAAUUGGGUACAGAGAAACGCAGUCAGCUCCUCUGCAGCUGGGGCUGAGAGCUGAUAACAUCAUCAUUCAUCCGAACGCCCAUCGGCUAUCGGGCCGCCCUGCUAUGGUCCACUUGUGUACAACGUAGACUCACCGCCUCCGGACAGGCACGCGACCCUGGGCAUCUCCAUCUCGAGUGACCACUACACUGGCGAGACUGGUCAGCGCUCAGCAUUCUCGAAGCUGGCGACUGAUUGUUGUUGCGCCUGGCGACGUAGCCCGCUCAGCGUCCACGAACAGCACCACCCGAGCCGCCAGUCUUACUGGGAGCACUUCUACCCAGGAGGACGACAAAGCCCAGGAAUUACAUCAUGGCUUUUCAGCAAUCCACGCGACCACUCCUCCCGCGGCUUCACCGCAGCGAGUCGCAAGAUGCAGGUUCUGCAGUUCUCCCCGCUUUGAACCCACUGGCGCCGGACGAGUCUCAGACAUGGGUUCUUUUUACCCCCGGCACAGACGCGGGAACCACUACCUCGUACCUGAGUUCUGUCCAAGACGACCAAAUCACGCCGGGGCGGUCAAGAAUUAGUGAUCUCGGCACUCUUGCCACCGCCGCACGCUCCGAAUCUAACUUGCGUUCGCCCUCAGAACUCGUGGCCGAGAGCCUUGUCGAGGAAGACGCCGAGCUCGACAGCCUGGACAGCCAUCUCCCAGAGUUUCGAGCUGUCACUAGCCCCUACAACAGCUCACCCGAAGUUCCACAUGCGGCGCCUGUGCUCCCAGGGCACGAUGGCCUGGGCUCCUUCAGGUUCGAAGCUCCCGGUCUGAGCGUUGAGGCUCAGGAGCGAUUGUACGCCUUCGAGAGAUUCAACCCAAACCGUGUAAGCCACAGAACCGAGAGUUUCAGUCUGGCCCAGCUGCAGCUCGAGACAGAACAGAUGCAAGAAGCGGAGCGAAAUCGCAGGAUUGAAACAUGGCGGCUCGAGCAGAGUCAGCUUCUGCUUGAAGAUAUUCGAAAAGAGACAAGGAGAAGACGGGAGUCCGAAGCGUCGGUUUUCAAGGUCCGGCAGGAUAGCACAGUGCCGCAAGAAGCAGCGACAAGGAGUAUUGCGGACGAAGAAGCGGCAGAUAUCAACCUCAGUGGCAUGGAUUGGCAUGACCAAGACGAGCCAACCCCGGGCAGCACAAAGCCCGGACUUUGGAGCCGUCUUGCCCGCAAGGUCAUUUGCGACCUGAUGGGCAUCAAUGACAAGUUGCUUGCCAUCCUAUUCGGGGAGGCGCUUCCGGACGAGGUCAUGCUCUCGUCGACACACAAGGCAGCCGCCACCACGGAGGCGGCCGUCCCCACGUCGGAGUCAUCAUACGACUCGGAGUGGCAGUUACGCAUGCUGGACCGCAUAGCCACGGAGCUUGGCGUCCUCGUGCAUCAACUGUCGACGCACCCCGGUGCCUUCGCUGCGUACUCCCGGGUGCAGCACAUGACUUUGCCCUAUGCUGGCCUGCCGGUCAUCCCCGAGGCUCCUGCGGACGUGAGCGAGGGCGGGCAAAGGGUGGACGGCAGCGUCCCCUACAUGCCACAGUUCAAGCCCACGGUUGGCGGGGCCGCCGACCCCCUGCCUGCGCAGCCCGCAGAGCUCCCUACCUCUUCAGCGCUGGGUGUCACAAACACGAUUCCGAGUGAUAUGCACACCUUUACGCAAGAAGAGUGGGAACGGGACCUUGACGUCCGGCUGGUGUUCCGGUACCUCCGCUCCCGCUUCACCUCAUCCCGACCAACCUCACCCCCCUUCUCCUCAGGCACCGCGCACCUUGCUACCUCGAGCACGCAAGAGGUGGCCGCGAAGGCGGCGAGGGUGCGUCAGCACCACCCGCUCGUAUCGCACGCGCAUGGACAUGGGCAUGGGCAUGCGAGCUACCACCACCGGCCUCGCCCGGUCGAGCGGCGCUCGUUCAAGGCGGCGGCGGCGGCCGCGGCGGGAGGGUCGUCUAGCCCCGUCGGCGUCGCAAUCAGGCACCCGCCCGGCAGCUGUGCCAGCCAGAGUACGCGGCGGUCGGCUAGGCGGAGCAGUAUCUCUUCGCGGCCGUCGUCACGCCAUUAUUGGGAUAUUGGCGGGUCGAUUGGUACAGGGAGUGGUGUCAUAGCGAGCACCGGGCCGAUGGGGAGCUGGGGCGAGGUUUGACACUGACAGCCAGUCGUUCACGGCAGGGCUUUGCACUGAGUGGCUGAUGUAUUAUAUUCGUUUUCCUUGGGUUUCUCAUACUAAACCCGGGUCGCAUGGACGGACGGGGCAUCUUUGAACGACUGGAUGGAUCAUGGUUGCAUUCAUUACGGACAAUUGAGAUACCGCAGAGGUGGAUUUUUCUUCAGAUCUGAGAACAUGAUAUGCGUUCAUCUCGGAUACUUGCCUUGCAUUUCUACUGGUGCUCCGUGCUUUUCUUCCGAAUUCAGCAUACGGUAUGCCGAGAUGUUCCCGUACAGUCAUUUCGUCAAACUUGCUCUCGUUUCUAACAUCUCUGGGGUAAACCAUUGAGGUGACAGCCAGGCUUGCUCGCCUCGGGUAUAUUCAAUUGGAAGGCGACAAGCGUGUGUUAGGCGAACCGCUCACAGGAUCAGACCGAGCGAGGCCAGUCAGAAAGACACGGGUACGUUACGAAAGCUGCGGUUCA